AUGUCGUGCGGACCGUGCAAAGAAACAGUCGAGUGCGAGGAAAUCCCCGAAGAUGGCGACGAAUACGACGCGCUGACGGACCUAUACCAGCGACUGUUCGAGCCCGACGCUGACGUCUGUUGUCCCAAGGACGGCGACAACUCGCAGGACGCGGGACGUUGCGAUUGUCCGCUGACGCUGCCCGGCCCUAAACUUCCCGCGCCCGCCGCCGGCGAGGCCGCGAAAUACUGUCAAGACGGGCCCGAGGAAACGUACGUGAAACGAGCGGACCGGCAGCUGUCCAGCCUGCUCACCAGACACCAGAAGGGCCAGGCCGAGGGCGACGUCAAGCACCUGACCUCCAAGCUGCCCGGCUUCAAGUCGUGCAAGAUCCGCAAGCCCGGCACCGUCAACACGACCCUGGUCGGGCUGGACCUCGAACACUGGAUGGCCACGGCAACGGCCGGCGACGGCCGGGACGAGCACGUCAAGCGUGCCGCCUACGACCUGGCCGCGGCCGAGGCGUACUGCAAGCACGACGGUGCCGUGGAAGCGGCCGAGCAGGCCGUCUAUUACGAACCGGCCGGCCACCUGGCCGAGGUGGCCGCCCGGUUCGGCGCCCAGUCGUACGCCGGUGACGGCGGCGGUAACGGCGGCUCCGGCCAGGACAAAGGUGACGAUUCGCCCGUGGUCGUGAUCGCUUACGUGGGCAGUACCGCGUCGACCGAAGACUAG